AUGGUGCGUUGCGGUCGUUGUGUUGCAAUGGAGAGUGAGGUGUUUGACGCAGUGAGAGAUUUACGAGAUCCUGAAUUUGCUGCUGAGACACUCGAGAUGCUGCAGGUGCUGCAGCAGCAGCUCGUUGUUGUCAGGUGUACAGCCACCUGCCGCAUACACAGCAGCAGCAGCAGCAGCAGCAGCAGCAGGGGUGGUGGUAGUGGUGAUAAUACGCACUAUGUAGACCCCUGGAAGGAAGAAGAUUGCAUCAACUGCUGUAGUCGGUGCAGCAGCAGCAGCAGCAGCAGCAACAGCAGCAGCAGCAGCAGCAGCAGCAGCAGCAGCGACAACAACAAUAACAACAACAACAACAACAACAGCAGCAGCAGCAGCAGCAGCAGCAGCAGCAGCAGCAGCAGCAGUGAUGAGGUAAUAGAAGGCUGCAGGCCUGAUUGCCGUUGCUGCUGCAUUGUGGUGUCUAUACACCCCACGAGCCGCCGCUGCUCUUUUGCUGCUGUCUUGGGUUUAUUGGUGCGGGCUGAAUUGUCUUUGCGGUUUGCUGCUGCUGAUGCAGCAGCUAUCGCUCUCAAUGGAGGCCUAGAUACUUCUGCUGCUGCUGCUGCUGCUGCAGCAGCAGCAGCAGCAGCAGCAGCAGGGGAACACACAGGAACUGCUGCUGCUGCUGCUGCAGCACCAAAUGCAUCGUCAGCACCACAACCAUCAUCAUCAGCAGCAGCAGCAGCAACAACAACAGCAGCAACAGCAGCAGCAGCAGCAGCAGCAGCAGCAAGUCCUUGUAUAUGGAUCCGUAUAUGCGGCCACGAAGCAGCAGAAGAACUAACAAAACAACUGAACGAUAAAGAGCGAGUUGCUGCUGCUUUAUCUACCCCAGCAAUCAGACAAACUGUACUUGCUGCUAUGCUUAUGGAAGAUGCAGCAUACUAA